AUGCAAUUUUUCUUCUUAUUCAUAACAAUUGUCGGUAUAAACGCUCGAUUUGAUUGUCCUAAUAAUAGUUUAUUUAAUCGUUCAAUAAAAAUACCAACAAAUUGGUUACACGGAUCAAUUAAUUGUUUUAGUAAAGAUGCUCAACAACAACCUGAUUUAGAUAUAUAUCCUAUAGAUAAUGAUACAUUUAUUCUUCGAGAAAAUAAAUGUAUUAAUUAUGAAGCACCAUUUAUGUAUCUUCUUUUCGGUAAUAAUACAGUAUUAUUAAUUGAUAGUGGUGCAACAGUAUCAUCUACAUCAUUUCCAAUUCAACAACAUGUUGAAAAUAUUAUUUUACAAUGGUGUAUUAAACAGAAAAAACAACGUAAAGAUAUAAAAUUAAUUGUUGCACAUACACAUAAUCAUGAUGAUCAUACAGCUGGAGAUAAACAAUUUCAAUCGAAACCAUUUACUAUUGUAGUUGGUACAACUGUUGAUGAUGUUAGUCGAUUUUUUCGAUUAAAGAACUGGCCACAUUCUAUAAGUAGAUAUAAACUGAGUAAUCAACGUCAUUUAGCUAUUAUACCUAUUCCUGGACAUGAAAAAUCAUCGAUUGCUUUUUAUGAUUGUAUUACUGGUUUAUUAUUAACAGGUGAUUCAUUUUAUCCAGGACGUUUAUAUAUUUCAAAUUUUACUGCUAAUGUUCAAUCAAUAUUACGUUUAACAAAUUUUAUUAAAUCAAAUCAUUUGAAUCUUACUGGUAUUCUUGGUACUCAUAUUGAAAUAACAAAAACAAAUCAAAUUGAUUAUCCAAUUGGAUCUACAUAUCAACCAAAUGAACGUGAAUUAAAUAUGUCAUUAGAACAAUUAGAACAAUUGAAUUAUGAAUUACAAUAUCAAUGGAAAAAUGGAUUUCAUAAACGACAUAGAGCAUAUUAUGAUGCAUUUAUUAUUGAUCCAAAACCAUCAGAAUUACCAUUAUUACCAGCGAAUAAAUAUAUCUCAAAUCAUAAAUUUAUAUUAAUACCACUUGAUAGACUAGAUUAUGUAUGGAUAUCAUACAAACCAAUGUUUCAUACUUUAAUAGAUUAUCAACUUGUUUUUCUAGCACGAAUAAGUAAUUCAACAUUAUUAUCAACAAGUCUAACUAAAAGAAAUAAAUAUUGGACAAUUGAAUCAUAUCAAUUAUCGUUAAAUAAUUUAAUUAAUGGAAAUAUAUCAUCAUUUCAAACAAAAUUAUAUAUAGAUGAUAAUAAAAAAUAUCUUGGUAAUAUAACAAUGAAUAUUAAUCCACCAUUUUUAACUAUUACUCAACUAAAUUCAUCAUCAAAUACUGAACUUUAUCAACCAUUACGUUAUAUUAGUUAUCUUUUAUCGAAUUCAAUAAAAUCUCAAAUUCAUCUGUAUCUUCUUCAUCAAAUACGUAUAUCAACAGAUUUUGAUGCUAUUGUUCAUGUUAUAAUUAAUCCAAUGAAUUGUACAAGUGAUAUUGAAGAAAAUAAAUUAAAUGAUUUAUUGGAACAAAAUGCCAAUGAAUGGGCUUUUCCAGGAUUUAAUAAUGAUGUGUAUAAUCGUUUAAUUUCAGGAAAUAUACGCGGACAAUUACUUGGAGAUAUUUAUUCGACAAUAUGUACAAUGGAAAUCAUUCAAGAAAUUCAUUGUAUUAUAUAA